AUGGUUACAAAGGGUACAUAUUCCACUAUCACUGUCGCUAUUUUUGGAAUCCCUCUAUCAGCUCUUCCAUCUAGUCAAUUUUCUGUUACCACCUCUAACGCUUCUAUACCUGCGACAACUUCGCCUAUAACGAGUGGAAAUCCAGCAAUACCUCUUCUAGCAUCCAGAACCACCCCCAUUUCACGGCCUACUUCUGAGACCCCUGCUAAAGUAAUUAUAGAUUUCUUUUUAUAUCAGGAGCCUAAUGAUUUUCACGAAAACUUGAAUCUGAUCAAGCAAGCAGAACUCUCUUCUCCUAGUUCCCAAGAAAGCAAGCAACUUGAACCUCCUGUAAAGGCAUCUGCUUGCAUUCAUAAUGAACCUGUGGGUCUAUAUGAAGAUGGAGAAAUUCAGGAUAUUGACUACGAAGAAAUUUCUUCCAACGAGGAUCUUUUCUCUGAUAUGGAGGAAGAAGAAUUGAGUGAAAAACAAACCAGGAACCAAGCUUCUGAUAUUAAUGAAAGAACUACUGAAUUCGCUGAACUCAACUGGAAGUUUGAAGUUUCAGAACUAUUCUCUCUCGAGAAUGCUCAGCUCUUCGAGAAAAUGCGUCUAACUGAUCCCACACUAACAAUAUUUCAGGUAGCUAAUUUGUUUUGCUUUUAUCCAAAUAUUUGCUAUUCAGGGCUUAAUACUUCGACUUGA